GCGAACACGAGCUGCUCGCACGUAAAAUUGUCAUUAGUUUAAUAAUCAAUCGAGCUAUAGCUGUAAAAUUAGUGUACGGUAGAUUUAAAGUUAAUGGAAGUAAAAAAUUAAGAAAUAAUGCCGCGAUUCAAGAACAUAUUAGUGACGGGCGGAGCCGGAUACAUAGGAAGUCAUUGCGUCGUCACACUGCUAGAAGCCGGUCAUGAGGUUAUUGCAAUUGACAACUUCACUAACUCGGUAGAAGACGAAGACGGGUCCCCAGCUUUACAGAGAGCUGAAAAAAUCACGGGAAAGAAGAUCACGUUUUACAAGGCCGAUUUACUUGAUAAACCACAAAUCAAUGCUAUUUUCGACAAGCAUCCUGUGGACUGCGUGAUCCAUUUUGCGGCACUCAAAGCAGUUGGGGAAUCGAUGCAGCAACCCUUAUUAUACUACCAGAACAACUUGCUUGGGAUGCUCAACUUAUUGGAGAUAAUGCGAUCACACAAUUGCUACCAAAUGGUGUUCUCGUCGUCAUGUACAGUCUACGGCGAACCUGAACACUUGCCGAUCACGGAGACUCAUCCCACUGGAAGUAUCACAAAUGUUUACGGCAGAACGAAGUACUUCAUCGAGGAAAUGCUCAAAGACUUAAGCGCUGCUGAUGAUAAAUGGAACAUUAUCUCCCUCCGGUAUUUCAACCCUGUCGGUGCACAUCCUUCAGGGCUGAUCGGCGAAGACCCUACUAAGGAGUUCACCAACCUCAUGCCAUUCCUCGCGCAAGUUGCUCUCGGGAAGAAACCUGUGCUCACCGUUUUCGGAACCGACUACAACACUCCCGAUGGAACCGGUAUUCGAGAUUACAUACACGUCAUGGAUUUGGCUAGCGGGCAUGUAGCCGCGUUAAAUUUACUCAGCCAAACCCAUAUCAGACUAAAGGUCUACAAUCUGGGUACAGGCAAAGGAGUUUCAGUCAAAGAAUUAGUGAACGUAUUCGAAAGAGUCACAAAAGCCAAAGUGCCACUCAAGUACGUCGAUCGAAGACUUGGAGACAUCAGCGCAAUGUGGGCGGACACCUCACUGGCUAAAGAAGAACUCGGAUGGUCCACUCAAUUAACUAUCGAAGAGAUGUGUACGGAUUUCUGGCGAUGGCAGACAAUGAAUCCCGACGGAUACCCGAAAAAGACCAAGAAAACCGAGAUUGUCGUUAACGGGAAGAGUUAAUUUUCCUUAUUUAUAUAUUUAUUUAUUUAAACUAAUCUAAUUUCAUACAGCUAUGCGAUAAUACUACAAUAUACAAUAAACUUUUAUUUAUAAAAUUUUGUGCGUAAUUUAUUUAUUUGUACCGGCUUUUGGAAUGAGCUCCCCUCCACGGUUUCCCGAGCGCUAUGAC